AUGGAUGGAGCAUCUUUCAACCCGAAGGCCGUUCCAGAGGCCUUGAUAUCUCAAUUCCAAGUGACAAAAUUGCUCAAGCAAGACCAAAAUGGCAGACGGAUUGCUCUGCUUGGUACAAUUGAUGAUCAGCAAGGCAUUCUCAUCGCUGAGCGUGCGGCCUUUGGCACCGAAUCUUUGGAGGUCAUCCAAGCAUUCCACGCCGCCAUUACGCGAGUCAAGAAUCUAGGCGACAACGACAUCUACCGGUGGUACCUUGCCUCUUCCAAUGGGAACAGCCAGUCCAAUGAAGGUCAAGAAGACCUCAAACUGAAUCUAAUUUGGCCUUGCACAGCGCAACACAUCAAGAAAUAUUCAGAUCAGCAACUUCGCAUGGUGACUGAGACCCCGGAGAUCUACCAGCACCAUGUACGACCAUUUAUGCAGGCCAAACGUGAGGAGGGGCGCUUAAACUGGGUCUUCAACAUCCUUGAGGGUCGCACUGAGCAAGAGGAUGUCAUUAUGCGGGAUGCCGGUCACGGCCCCGAGGACGCAUUCCUCAUGCUACCAGAUCUUAACUGGGACCGGAAGACCAUGAGCUCGCUGCAUCUGUUAGCACUGGUACAUCGCCGAGAUAUCUGGAGUCUCCGUGAUCUUCGGAAGAAACACCUUCCCUGGUUGAAGUAUCUUCGGCAGCGUGUGCUGGAAGCCACUGUGAAGAUGUAUCCUGAUUUGGAGGAGGACCAAAUCAAGCUCUAUGUGCACUAUCAACCCACUUAUUAUCACUUCCACAUUCAUGUCGUUAAUGUUAUGUUGGAAGCCGGCGCUACCCAAGCUACUGGGAAGGCCUUUGGCUUGGAGAACCUGAUCUCCCAGCUGGAAACUAUUGCCGGAGAUGAAGAUGCCAGUAUGGCUGAUAUGAGUUUGACUUACUAUCUUGGUGAGGCGAGCGAGCUGUGGACUGAAAUUUUCGCCCCCUUAAAGAAGGAAACCUAG